AUGUUUGGCACUUUAGCAGUUUCCAAGAAGAAAAUUAAGCGACGGGAGCCAACAUUUUCAACUUCGCUUUUUAUUUCAAAUAAUGACUUGAGUGGGGUUUCGACUGAUGAUUUAGAAGAAAUCAACAGGAUUCAGAAAGAAGAUGAAAUUUGGCAUAAGUCCCACAUUGUAACAGAAACUUCUCCAGCAGUAGUUCUUGAUUCUGGAGUACUAGAGCUGCCAAUUUCAGAUGUGACACAAGUACCAUCUUCAUCGUCGGCUCCAUCAUCGUCGACUUUUUUAAAACCUAUGGUCAUCGACGAUUCGAUAAUAGACAGCUCAUUAUCGCAUGAAUGCUCGUCAAGAAGUAGUACGACAAGUUUGGGGUCCGGAAUGGGACUAAAACGGACGAUUGAGGUUGAAUGCGACGAAGGAAUAGUAGAAAUUAUACAAGAACCAAAGAAAAGACGAUCAAAAAGAGAAUUUGAAGUCGACCCAUCAAGAUCUAACAUAUACACUAAAGCUCAGGCACUUUUUCAGCGAGGCACAGGUAUGACAUCUGUGGUGGGUCGGGACAUUGAACGUGCAACGAUUCGAGAGUUCUUAGAGACGCGACUUAAAGUCCGGGGGAAAGGAGCUUUGUAUAUUAGCGGGUUACCUGGAACGGGAAAAUCUGCAUUACUGACAGAGGUUGCAGAACAAGUGAUUCAAGAGCACCGAUCACGGUAUCCGAUUCGAAUAGUUAACAUUAACUGCAUGACGAUGGAAAACGCGGUGGAUAUUUUCAGUAAUAUUCACCGCGAGCUGAUUGACAAUUCUAUUCAGGAAGGGGUUCCAAGCGACUUUUUUGAAGAUUAUGAUGAUGGAGAUGAGUUAGAGGAUGAUGGACGAAAUGAUAUUAUUCAAACUUAUGGGCAACUUAUGCAGGAUGCAAACACAAGAUCCAUAAUCAGAGACUUGGAAAAACGACUAUUCAGCAAAAAGCACGAACAGUAUAUUCCAGAGAAUAUAGAAAAUUCACCUCAAAAGAGAAGGAGGAAGAACAAGUAUGAAAAACUUCACCAAGCUGGUGUGCGACACAUUUUCAUUUUAGAUGAACUGGACAGCAUUAUGACUAAAGACCAGGAAGUACUUUUCCGGAUAUUCCAAUGGGCCUUUGCACGAAACUCGAGCUUGAUUUUAUUUGGAAUUGCCAACGCACUUGACUUGACUGAUCGGUUUUUGCCGCGGUUAAGGUCGAGUAGUUUGACGCCGCAACUAUUGCCAUUCAAGCCGUAUUCUGAUGUACAAAUCGUCAAGAUCAUUUCUGAGCGGUUAUGGUCAAUGGCACCCACGGAUAUGCCGCGGCAGACUGGGGAAGACAACAACGGUGCACCAAAGAAGCCUGCUCAACCGCCGAUGAUGGACACUUCUGGAAUCAUGCUCUGUGCAAAGAAGACAGCAGCUAAUACCGGUGAUUUACGGAAAGCAUUUGAUAUUUGUCGACGAGCACUUGCAAUUGUGGAGGAGGAUGUGCGGCUACGGUUUAUUUUAGCAGAGAAGGAUGGCGAGGAGGCUCUUAAGAGUGCACGAGGCCGAAAGCGGGCAGUGGUGACAGGUAGAUGCGCUCAAAAAAUGGCAGAGUUGAAUUUAGAGACUGCCCCGCGGGUCACGAUUGCACAUGUAAGCAGAGUUUGUUCAGUUAUGUUUGGAAAUACAACAACAAAUCGAAUUGGCUCGCUAAAUUUACAGCAAAAGGCCGUGCUAUGCACUCUCGUUUCUCUUGAAAGACACCGUGGGCCUAUGCCUGGGUCCAAGUCUGUUUCGAGAUCCACUAGGUCUAUGUCUACAAUUAGUGUGAGAAACAUUACUGUUGCUAUCUUGUAUGAACGAUAUGUUCAAGCAUGUGACCAAGAGCGAGACAUGACGCCUCUGGGUUACGCGGACUUUAUGGACAUUGUGUCGAUUUUGGAGUCGCAUGGGGUAGCUGCGCUGUAUGGAGUUUGUGGUCGUAGAGGCUUGGGGAACAAUGGGUCACGGCAUUCGCGGGGUGGGUCUGGGUCUGGAUUUGGACGGAACAGUAACAGCGUUGACGAUUUCGGUCACCGGAGAAUUUCAGGGCUUGUUAGCUACGGAGAUUUAGAAAGAGAAGCGGAAAAGACAUUGGUGCUAAAGCCAUUUUUACGGCCAUUAGCAUAG